AAGAUAGUGAAAAUAAGCUAUUUUAACAUGAUUACUGUACAUCGGUUUUGUGUUUGUAUUUUUAUCAUGGUUUAGACUCUAGUUAUUCAUUUAAUUAAAUCAUCUGCUAUACCAAUGGCGUCUACAUCUAGUUCCGAACACCUCAUUUUCGAUUUUGAUCGAAGUACUUCUAUUCAACCUCAAAAACGUUUCAAACAUCCCAUGGCAGCGAUGUUCCAUAUAGCAUUUAAAGGCGCUGCUAUACUGCUUUACUUGUUUGGAGGAUUGUUUGGACAAAAUUUCUUGAGCACAUUUGUUGCCUUAGUAUUUCUCAUAUCCAUGGACUUUUGGACUGUUAAGAAUGUCACUGGUAGAUUGCUUGCUGGUCUUCGUUGGUGGAAUCAUGUAGAUGAAGAAGGAAAUAAUCACUGGGUGUUUGAAAACAAACACGCUAAAAAUCAAGUCGAUUCCGGUUCUCUUAAUAUUUUUGACGAUAAAGAUUCUAAUACAGCUGAUUCCCAAAUAUUUUGGAUUCCCUUAAUUUUUACUCCAUUAAUUUGGUUCCUUUUACUGCUUGUUACUAUAUUUAGAUUUAAUAUUCAGUGGUUUGUUGUCGUGGCUCUCGCAUUGAUCCUCAGUUCUUCAAAUUUAUAUGGAUUCAUCCGAUGUAGAUUGGGAUCAAAAGACGUAAAAUCAACUUUAACACAAUUCGUUGGGAAAAAAAUAUUUUACAAUUUCAUGGGAUCAAACAAUUCACCAACGGUUAAUCCAACGUCAUCAACUGCUAGCUUUGUAAGCACAACUUAAGCUGACGGAUUUUCAAUCACUGCACUGAAUUGAGAGAUGUGCUUAAAGUGCAAUCGUAUACAAUCAGAUUUAUGCUUAAUUUAUUCUUCAGUAUUUCCAUAAAUUUUCUUUUACAUUUUCCUCACUUGCUCAAUGGAAUAAUUAUUUCAUGAAGCAUAAUGCAAACUCAUAAAUGGAAAAGAAACUCACUUCAAGAAAACUAAACGACCAAAUACCCGUUAAAAAUUCCAGCUUUGUGAAAUGGUCCAGAUAAGUAUCAUGAGUUUAUCACAAUGAUAAUUCCACAUUUCUAUUAAACAAGUGUCAUACGAUUGGUAACAAAGAAACAGGCAGCUGCUAAUACUCUCUCAGAUUACGUAGGUAACCUAAUAAAAUACCUCAAGUCUUAAUUUCAUCAACAUUUCACCAAGCAGUUUGGUUUAACAACAUGAAAGUUUCUCUACUUUAGAUAACUAACCUACUUACAUCUUAAGGUCAACAAUUUUUCUCUCCUGUAUGAAACAAUUGAAUUUAUUUGAAAUAAUCAAAUCACAUAAACACAAAUUAUAUUGCUUGUUCUGAUUAUUUUGUCAACAAUAAAGGAUAAUUAUAUGUAUAUAUUCAACAAGCUUGUAAGCAUAUCUGUAAGUCCCAUUUGUUUAUCCGAAAUUUUGAUCGAUGGAAAUAAAUUUCAACCGCAACUUUUCCACAAGAAUCACACAAGAAAACAAACAA